AUGUUUUUAAUAAAAAAGAAUCUAAGUUGUAAAAAGUUUGAAAGUUUAUUAAAACACUGCAAUAGACUAAUUAAAAAAAAAGGAGUAAAGUUAAGCAGUAAUACAGCUGCAUACAAUGAUCCAAAUUUAUCGUAUCGUUCAAAUCCUGGAAAGGAGCCAAUUAUUGACACGACAGUUGGUAAAUUAUUUGAGCAAGUAUCUAAAGAAUUUCCAAACCGCGAAUGUGUUGUUUCUGUUGAACAAGAUAAUACCCGUUUAACAUACUCUCAAGUACUUGAAAGGGCUGAUAAAUUAGCAGCAGGGCUUAAAAAAUUAAAUAUUAAUUAUGGUGACCGUGUUGGAGUUUGGGGUCCUAAUCACUAUCAAUGGUUAAUAUCAUUCAUUGGAAUUGCACGAGCUGGUUGUAUAAUGGUUGGUAUUAAUCCUGCUUAUCAACAAAAUGAAUUGAAUUAUUCUUUAAAUAAAGUUCAAGUUAACACUGUUAUUGCUCCGGAUAAAUUUCGAAGCCAGGAUUAUGGCAAAAUGUUGAGAGAAGCUAAAAAUAAUUGUUCGGCUUUGAAAAAUAUUAUUUUGUGGACGGACAAAGCGAUUCCAGGGACGUAUAAAUUUUCAGACGUUGAAUCUCUUGCUAGUAAAAUUGAAAUUGAAGGAAUAGCAGCAACUCAAAAUGAAAUCUCACCUUACGAUGGUUGUAAUAUACAAUUUACUUCGGGUACCACUGGAUUUCCAAAAGCCCCUUUAAUAUCACACAAAUCAUUUGUUAAUAAUGGCCGUAUGACCGUAUACAGAUCGCAGCUGAUGAAUUAUCACCACAAAGCUUGUCUAAACGUCCCAUUUUUCCAUGCAUUUGGUAUGAUACACGGAUGCAUGGUUGCUUUUAAUACCGGUAUGACUUUAGUACUUGAAUCCCCGACUUUUAAUCCAAAAAAAUCAAUAGAAACAAUCGUCAAAGAAAAAUGCACUCUUGCUUAUGGUACUCCGACAAUGUGGGUAAACAUGUUGGACAUGCAGGAUCGAUUAAAAGCUCCAAUCUCGUCAUUGCAUUUAACAGCAACUGGAGGGGCAAUAAUUUCACCUGAAUUAAUUAAAAAAAUACGAAAUACAUUUAAAGUUGAAAAACCAUCGAUUAUUUAUGGCCUCACGGAAAGUACUGCUGUUGUUUUUCACUCUGUACCUGGUGAUCCACCUGAAUUAAAUGAUUACACUGUAGGAUAUCUUCAUGAUCAUCUCGAAGCAAUGGUUGUAGAUGAUAAUGGAUCUCCAGUUCCUAUUGGAAAACCAGGAGAAUUAUGGACUAGAGGGUACUCUACAAUGAUUGGAUAUUGGAAUGAUAAAGAAAAUACUUCAAAAACAAUAACUGAUAAUGUAUUUGGUGUAAAUGAUGAUGUUUACGGUGAAGAAAUUUGCGCGUGUAUUCGUUUGAAAGAGAGUAAAACAAAACUAACUGCUGAUGAUAUUAAAAAAUUUGCCAAAGGAAAAAUAUCUAAUUUUAAAAUCCCACGUUAUAUUGAAUUUGUCGAUGAAUUCCCAAAAACAACCAGUGGAAAAAUUCAAAAGUUUAAAUUGAAACAAUUAAUGGAAUCCAAUGGACUUAUUCCUGUAUAA